CAAAACCAAGCAUUGGAUUGGAAUGGGAGGCGAAGACGCAGGUAAUCAGCCAGCACACGUGCGAAGUUUACAGGGGAGUGAACACGGGAGGCAGCAAUUCUCGCAACGGGCACACGAGCAAACAGCAGUGCCACCUCGAGGCCUAUGCAUCGUCUGCCCAUUCUAGUCAUGAUCGAAUCACUGCUCUAUAUUUAGAGCCCAUCUACGGUUCUGUGGUAUCUGUCUACGGAGUACUAUGUACUGUAGAUAUCAGUAGGCUGAAAUGGUCAUUCCUGUUGCUGACCUUAUCAGCCGACCUUCUCCACUGUUGGACCAGCACCAGUCUCCAUUCCCCUCCACCCCGAGUCUGGACCUGUACCUAUCUGAUCCUAGUGUGAAUGCGGUUGGAGAUAAGAAUACCGUUUGGUUUAGUGCACAACAGCGUGUGCAACGUUUGUUGCCAGUGUGUGUGGAAUCAAGAGUUGCAUCCCGUUGCCACCAUUUCCACCCUCUCGGCACCGCUCUGAUGAUACUCUCCAAGUCUGAGGUCACUCAUCUGAUAAGAAGCCAUUUCCUGCCCACUGCCCUAGAUCUGCUGUCCAGUUGCCGUGCUGAUUGCAUGCCUGUCGUGCCUGUCUGUGUGUUUCGAUCCUUGGCCCCAAUGUAAGGUAACAUCUGAUUCUGGCCCGGGCACCCCUGUCGCCCCGGGGCUUCUUCGUAUCGACACCGUUGCCCGUCAACGUGGACCAUUCUGCUAUCAGCUCAGUCCAGGUCAGGGGACACAAGACAGGGACGGGCACUUCUUACCCCAGGGUCCCAAUCCGCCGUCCCCUUUUUGUACGCGCUGAGAUCCGCUUGAAUUUAAUAGUCCGCGGUCGUGCGUCUUUCCCCGUCUGCUCCCGCGACAGACACAGCGGUCUAUUGUCGGCUUGUCCUACUCUUUUUUGACCCGGGAAUCGUGCCAAUUCAUCCUGCCCAUUCCAGCGCGGGUCCGACAUCCGUUGCCAACACCAACGGCCCGGCUUGACUGUUCGCCUUAUUCGUCCAUACCUCUCUACCCUGACCACGGGCGGUGUACCCGGACUGCUAUCCAAGAUGGUCAACCUCGCAGCCACAAAGAUUGGCCCUGUGCGAUAUAAUUCGCCAUGGACACAGGUCACCAUCCUCGGUUUCGUGACCUUUUGCUCGGUGGGCAUGUUCAGCGCAGUUUCGAACCUGGGCGCUGGUGGCACACAAGAUACCCAGCUUUCUGACACGGCAAACGGUGUGCUCUAUGGCUGUUUUGCCAUCGCCGGCUUCUUUGCUGGUUCGGUAAAUAACAUGCUGGGCCCGAGGCUCACCCUCUCUAUCGGCACAACGGGAUACGCGCUCUACAUCGGCUCUCUCUGGGCUUUCCAGGUCCACGGCACACGAUGGUUCCUCAUUCUCGCCGGUGGAAUCUUGGGCGUCACGGCUUCCCUGCUGUGGGCGGCGCAGGGAGCCAUCAUGAUGGCGGAGCCCCUUGAAAAGGACAAGGGCCGAUCCUUCUCGCUGUUCUGGGCCCUCUUCCAGAUGGGAACACUGGUCGGCGCCGCCAUUGCACUCGGCAUCCAGGCACACUCGACCCUCCCUGGUGUCUCUACUGGUGUUUACCUGGCCUUCCUGAUCAUCAUGCUGACGGCCGUGGUUACGUCCUGGCUCAUUCUGCCGCCUCACCUUGUUGUGCGCGGUGACGGAACCGUCGUCGAGAUCGAGGAAGCAAUCACGCCCAAGCAGGAGUUCAAGGAGAUCUGGAAGCUGCUGAGGGACUGGCGCAUGAUUGCCCUCUUCCCCAUGUUCUUCUCGUCCAACUACUUCUACGCAUACCAGGGUGCAAUCACAACCGCCCUGUUCAACGGCCGCACGCGAGCCCUGGUUGCACUCCUGACCGGUGUCGGCUCUAUCCUCGGCUCCAUCAUCAUCGGACAGCUCACAGACAACCUCCCUGGUGGUCGCCGCAAGCGUGCCCUCAUGGCCACAGCAGCCGUUGCUAUUCUCAACUGCGUCAUCUGGGGCGCCGGCCUUGGAUUCCAGGUCCAGUUCAACCGUGCUAACACCUCCGUCCGCGGCGUCGAGAUUCCCUGGGACUGGACCGUCGGCGUCUCCGCGGGACCCAUCAUACUACUGCUGGCUUAUUACUUGGCCGAUGCCAUGUUCCAGGGUCUCGCCUACUACACCAUGUCGUCCCUUACCAACGAGCCGUUCAAGCUUGCCCGUAUGGCGGGUUACUAUAAGGGUGUCCAAUCGGCUGGUGCUGCUGUGUCUUUCGGCAUGGAUGCCGUCAAGACCCCAUAUCUCGCCGAGCACCUCGUCUCCUGGCUCCUCCUGCUGGUCUCCCUCCCGCUCUGCGCCUGGGUCCUGUGGGGCGUUCGUGACACCAACUACGAAGUCGAGGAUGUCAAGCAUGUCGAAGAUAUUCCUGAAGGCGCCAUCACUGGCAUCGCACUGCCGCCUGGACAUGCUCCCGGCGAGCAAAUCCCCGAGGACGGAAUCAAGACCUCUCCCGAGAUCAAGGUCAAGGGAAGCGACAGCUCAUAGUGUGGUUCGCGCUUUUGACAUUUGAUCUGUUGCACGGCUACCUGCCUUGGUCUAGAUGUGUAUCUCGGGACUGGAUCCCCGAAACGCAAUGACCAAGGGUGGGCGAUAGACCGGAUAUAUACCUGGGUACUUGCAACUAGAAGCAUACUAGUAUAAUAUGACAUUAAUCCUACAAGCUUUUCAGUGUUGGCACGUG